UCUCUCUCUACCAUGGAAUACUAUGGCAAGAGAACUUUGUUCAGCUUCAUAGAUGAAGAGAGAAAGACAAUUCAAUCACCAACUCACCUCUCUGGCCUCCAAAUCCAUCAACAAAUAUCAGAACAAGAUGGCCAUUUUAGCCCUCCAAGGCCUUCUACACCCACUUCCACUAUGUAUGCUCUACUCCCACCUCCAAGCCCUGAAUCACCAUGGACUCUGUCUCCUCUCCAAACACCAUCCCCCUCUCUCCUCUACCACUGCAUCGCCUCGCUUCACCGCCAAGAAGGCAACAUCUACUCCAUCACCGUCUCCAAAGGAGUAGUCUACACCGGCUCUGAGAGCCGCCGGAUUCGUGCAUGGCGCCAGCCGGACUGCAUCGAGCGCGGGUACCUCAAGGCGAGCUCCGGCGAAGUCCGGGCCAUCCUAGCUUAUGGUAACAUGGUCUUCACUUCACACAGGGAUCACAAAGUCCGAAUUUGGAACGUCACGAAUUCGGAUAAUUUCAGGUCCAAAAAGGUCACAACCCUACCUAGAAAAAACUCAUUCCUCUUGUUUUCUAGGGCAAGUGGGCACCAACACAAGGAUUGUGUGUCCUGCAUGGCAUAUUACCAUGCAGAAGGGCUUUUGUACACUGGGUCAUGGGACAGAAUAGUCAAGGCGUGGCGAAUGUCCGAUAAUCGGUGCGUGGACUCAUUUUUGGCUCAUGAAGAUAAUGUGAAUGGCCUAGUGGUGAACCAAGAUGAUGGGUGUGUUUUCACAUGCUCAUCUGAUGGUUCAGUCAAGAUUUGGAGGCGAGUAUAUGGACAGAACUCGCAUACUCUCACCAUGACACUUAAGUUCCAGCCGUCGCCUGUCAAUGCACUGGCCUUAAGCACAUCACUGAGGUCUUGCUUCCUCUACUCCGGUUCGUCCGACGGAUUCAUAAACUUUUGGGAAAAAGAGAAGAUGUCUGGUAGGUUUAACCAUGGAGGGUUCUUACAAGGGCAUAGAUUUGCAGUGCUUUGCCUGGUGUCCAUAGAGAAGUUGAUAUUCAGCGGAUCGGAGGACACGACGAUUAGGGUUUGGAGGAGAGAGGAAGGGAGCUGCUUUCAUGAGUGCCUUGCAGUGUUGGAUGCACAUAGAGGGCCAGUGAGGUGUUUGGCUGCUUCAUUGGAGAUAGAGAGGGUUGUGAUGGGUUUUUUGGUUUAUAGUGCAAGUUUGGAUCAGACUUUUAAGGUGUGGAGGGUUAAGGUGUUGCCUGAUGAGAAGAAGGUGUGUUUGGAUGACAGGACUCAUGAAAUGAAGAUGAAGAUCAUGGAGUAUGAAAUGAGUCCUGUGUUAUCUCCUUCAUGGGUAGAGAAGAAACUUCAAGGAAAUAACCACCCUUUUCAUUAGAUUUUAAUGUAGAGAGGGACAGUGCCUGGCAGCAAUUAUUCUUAUUAUUUC